AAUCUUCCAUCAGCUUGGCUGGUCCCUGCAAGGAGGAGUUGCAUCCGCCGCACCACUCCCUUUCUCUGCAAUGACCUAAAGCAGCAGCUCUGCAAGGCUAUGAACAAGCAAGUAAGCAAUGCAGAGCCGACCUGAACCACUUGGGGCUCGUCUUUUUUUGUUCUGCCGACUGGGGACUGUGUCAGCAGUUGAUUCCGACCAAGCUGCACUUUUAGUGCAUUCCAGAAAAAAACAACCACACACUCAACGCUUCUAUCUUCUGUACUGGGAGUGAUUCUUCAAGGCAGCCUUUCUCAAAGGAACCAGAGAAGCUGUCUCUUCUCUUCUCUCCUCUCUUCUCUUUCUCUCUGUUAUUGCUGUGCCAACCUAAUCCACCAAGAUGUGUGACUGCUUUCAUCUCGUACUUCCUAACUGGCAAGGAUCUCCAGCCAGUGCAUCAGGUAGACAGCUGAGACCCGACGAUACAGAGGCCGAUGGUGAGGCCGAUGCAGAAGAUGAUUCUAUCAGUGAAGUGACAACCGAAAGUGUAAGACCUAGGCCACAAGGCUCUUCUCCAGUGUAUGAAUAUUGCAUAGAAGAUGAAUAUUUUAACAAAAAGCUUCAGCAAGAUAUAGAGAACAGACAAAGAAGAGACUCCACCUUCAAAAUGAGUGAUUCACAGGAAUCUAUGGAAGUGACAUUACAAACGGAAGUGGAAUCUGGUGCAAGUGGAUUCAGUGUAGCUGGUGGGGGAGCCGAAGGAAUAUUUGUGAAGCAAGUGCUCAAGGAGUCCCCAGCAUCAAACCUAUUUAGUCUAAGAGAAGGAGAUCAACUGUUGAGUGCCACAAUCUUUUUUGAUAAUAUCAAAUAUGAAGAUGCACUUAAAAUACUACAGUAUUCUGAACCAUACAAAAUACAGUUCAAUCUUAAAAGAAAACUUGUUGGGAAAGAUGAGCUGGAAGCAAUGCAUUCUGCAACACAGUCCAAAAAGGAAAAAUUAAGUCAGGGAAUGGAUACAAUGGAAAUAUCGGAGAAGACAAUCUCAGAGGGAGAUAAAACAAACUUAAUUGUAAAACAAAGAGUGGGAAGACCAAAAAGAACCAAAAAGGAUAGACUCUCGUGGCCAAAAUUCCAGUCCAUUAAGGGAAAGAAGAUUUUGGGACACAGAAGAUCUCGAAGUACAUCAGAUGCAUAUGAACAUGGAAUUCCAGAUGUUUCUCCUACAAGCACAGAUACAGAAUCACAAUUCCAGCCAGAAGAAAUUCAUGGAAAAAUUAAAAAACAAAGCCAAAAGAAACUAAAGUUUCCAACUAUUGGAUUUAAGAUGCACAAAAGUAAACAAGAACCAUAUGAAAUAAAUCCAUUCAAAGAAUAUGAAGAUGGUACUGCUGUGGAACUCUCAGAUAUAAUGACAAGAGAGUAUACUUCAUUAGAUGUAGAUAGAAAACCAAAAGAAAAAGAGCCAAAAAGAGAUGUAUCAGAUGCAGUAUUUCCACUUCCACAACAUACAAGAAAAUAUCCUGAUGUUGAACUAACUCUUACAAAAUCCAAAGAGAAGAAAUUAAAAACCAAUAUAGAAUUUACAAAACAAGAACCUACAGUUACAACAACACAGAUGAAAACAGCAGUAAUUCAAACAAAAGACAUUACAGACUCUCAGAUCAAAGUUUCACAAAAUAUACCAAAAAUGAGGAAAAAAAAGCAAAAAGAUUCAAAAGUACAAAUUGAAACCCAAUAUCAGAAAGAGGAAAAAGGAAAAGAAAUAAAUAUUGCUAGCAAGUAUGCCUUGCCACAAACUGAAGCUUCCAAAGUUGAGAUGGACAUCAAAAUACCUAAAAUGGAUUUCUCCAUUCCCAAAGCUGACCAUAAGGCUACCAAACCUGAGCUUAAGAUGGGAGAAAUUACUGCUGAUAUAAUCAUUUCAGAAUUUGACAUAAAGUCAACAGCAGGCCAGGGAAUUUUGGAAUUGAAAACAACAGACCAAGAUGAAAUUCCUGCAGAUGGCUCAGCCAUUACACUGGAAGAUGACGAAACUAAGUUCAAAAUGUUAAAAUUGCAAAUGCCCAUAUUUGGGAUAUCACUUCCCAAAGAAAAAGGUAUUCCACAGGGAGAACUUUCCAUAUCUUCCAUGGAAACAGACUUCCCCAAAACUGGACUGAAAACGGAACUCAAAACUGCAGAGAUUGAAGCUGACAUUAAGUUGACAGAAGUGGAGAUAAAGGCCCCCAAUCUGGAUGUGGAGAUAGGAGAGAAGAGCAAAAUCAAAAUGCCUGCACUGAAGAUGCCUAGCGUAAAGGUCGCCAAACUCAAAGCACCAGAAGAAGGGAUCUUCCUGCCAAAGGUGGAAGCUGAUGUCACCCUUCCCAAAGCUGAAAUGUCUGAUGCUUCAGCAGCCAUAAAAUUGCCAGAGGCUGAAGGCACCAUCGAUGGGGGAGGACUGAAGAUACACAAGCCAAAGUUCAAGAUGCCCAGCAUGGGAUUCUCUAAACCAGACAUCAAGAGCCCUAAAGUUGAUGUGGAUGUCAGUAUGCCUAAAGUGGACGUUUCUCUUCCCAAAGCUGAGCUCCACGUUGAGAAACCUGAAGUGAAAGGAGGAGAUAUUACCAUAUCAGCACCAGAAGUAAAGAUUCCCACAGGCUCAGCCAGCCUGGAACUCAAAGCUCCCGAAGUAGAUGUAGAAGCUCCUUCUGGAAAGAUUUCUAUGCAGGGCCCCGAUGUUAAGCUGGAAAGCGGGGAUAGGAAGUUCCAAAUGCCCAAGUUCCAUAUACCCAAAUUUGGAAUUUCACUGCCCAAAGGGAAAGGUAUCGCAGAGGCAGAAAUCAGCGUACCUUCUAUGGAAGCAGACCUGCCCAAGACAGAAUUGAAAGCAGACGUGACACUGCCCUCAGCUGAGUUUAAGACCGAUCUUAAGCUUCCAGAAGUAGAGGUAGAUGCUUCUAGCUUGGACGUGGAGAUUGGAGAUGCAGGCAAAAUCAAAAUGCCUGAAGUGAAGAUGCCUAGCGUAAAGGUCCCCAAGCUCAAAGGGCCAGAAGUAGGGAUCUCCCUGCCAAAGGUUGAGACUGAUGUCACCCUUCCUAAAGGAAAAGCUGAAGUGCCUGAUGCGGAAGUGGGCAUAAAAUUGCCAGAGGCUGAAGGCACCAUCGACGGGGGAGGACUGAAGAUACAUAUGCCAAAGUUCAGGAUGCCCAGCAUGGGAUUCUCCAAACCAGACAUCAAGGGCCCCAAAGUCGAUGUAGAUGUCAGUAUACCUAAAGUUUCUCUUCCCGAAGCUGAGCUCCACAUUGAGAAACCUGAGGUGACGGGAGGAGAUAUUACCAUAUCAGCACCAGAAGUAAAGAUUCCCACAGGCUCAGCCAGCCUGGAACUCAAAGCUCCCGAAGUAGAUGUAGAAGCUCCUUCUGGAAAGGUUUCUGUGCAGGGCCCCGAUGUUAAGCUGGAAAGUGGGGAGAGGAAGUUCCAAAUGCCCAAGUUCCAUAUGCCCAAAUUUGGAAUGUCACUGCCCAAAGGGAAAGGUGUCCCAGAGGCAGAAAUCAGCGUACCCUCUAUGGAAGCAGAGCUUCAAAAGACAGCAUUGAAAGCAGAAGUGACCCUGCCCUCUGCUGAGCUUGAAACCGAUUUUAAGCUUCCAAAAGUGGAGGUAGCUGCCCCUAGAUUGGACGUGGAGAUUGGAGAUGCAGGCAAAAUCAAAAUGCCCGAAGUGAAGAUGCCUAGCAUGACGGUCCCCAAGCUCAAAGGGCCAGAAGUAGGGAUCUCCCUGCCAAAGGUUGAGACUGAUGUCACCCUUCCCAAAGGAAAAGUGUCUGAUGCGGCAGCAACUGUAAAAUUGCCAGAGGCUGAAGGCACCAUCGAUGGGGGAGGACUGAAAAUGCAUAUGCCAAAGUUCAGGAUGCCCAGCAUGGGAUUCUCUAAACCAGACAUCAAGGGCCCCAAAGGUCGAUGUGGAUGUCAGUAGCCUAAAUUUUCUAUUCCUGAAGCUGAGCUCCACAUUGAGAAACCUGAAGUGAAGGGAAGAGACAUAACCAUAUCAGCACCAGAAGUAAAGAUUCCCACAGGCUCAGCCAGCCUGGAACUCAAAGCUCCCGAAGUAGAUGUAGAGGCUCCUUCUGGAAAGAUUUCUGUGCAGGGCCCUGAUGUUAAGCUGGAAAGGGGAGAAACUACAUUCAAAAUUCCCAAGUUCCAUAUGCCCAAGUUUGGAAUUUCAGUGUCCCAAGGGAAAGGUAUCCCAGAGGAAGAAGUCACUGUAUCAUCUAUGGAAGUGGACCUCACCCAAACAGAACUGGAAACAGAAGUCACAGUGCCCUCUGUAGGGUUACAAAGUGACAUUAAAGUCCCAGAUAUGGAAGUAGUGGACCCCAGCGUGGAUAUGGAAGUUGAAUAUGAUGGCAAAAUCAAAAUGCCUGGAUUGAAGAUGCCUAGUAUCAAGGUUCCCAAGCUCAAAGGGCCAGAAGUAGGGAUCUCCCUACCAAAAGUUGAAGCAGAUGUCUCCCUUCCCAAAGGAAAAAUGUCUGAUGGAGCAGCGGUUGUAAAAUUGCCAGAGGCUGAAGGCACCAUCGACGGGGGAAGACUGAAGAUACACAUGCCAAAGUUCAAGAUGCCCAGUAUGGGAUUCUCCAAACCAGACAUCAAAGGCCCCAAAGUCGAUGUGGAUGUCAGUAGGCCUAAGGUCGACAUUUGUCUUCCUGAAGCUGAGCUCCAUGCUGACAAACGACAGAUACAGAAACUCCAUCAAGUAAGGUUUUUUCUGCAGGGUCCUGAUGUUAUGCUUGAAAGAGAGGAUACUACAUUCAAAAUUUCAAAAUUCCGAAUGCCCAAAUUUGGAAUUUCAUUGCCCAAAGGGAAAGAUGUCCCAGAGGCAGAAAUCAGCGUAUCUUCUGUGGAAGAAGAACUGCCCAAGACAGCAUUGAAAAUGGAAGUCACACUGCCCGCUGCGGACCUUAAAACUGAUCUUAAGCUUCCAGAAAUAGAGGUAGAUGCUCCUAGCUUGGACGUGGAGAUUGGAGAUGCGGGCAAAAUCAAAAUGCCUGAAGUGAAGAUACCUAGUGUGAAGGUCCCCAAACUAAAAGGGCCAGAAGUAGGGAUCUCCCUGCCAAAGGUUGAGACUGAUGUCACCCUUCCUAAAGGAAAAGCUGAAGUGCCUGAUGCGGAAGUGGGCAUAAAAUUGCCAGAGGCUGAAGGCACCAUCGAUGGGGGAGGACUGAAGAUACACAAGCCAAAGUUCAAGAUGCCCAGCAUGGGAUUCUCUAAACCAGACAUCAAGGGCCCCAAAGUUGAUGUGGAUGUCAGUAUGCCUAAAGUGGACGUUUCUCUUCCCAAAGCUGAGCUCCAGGUUGAGAAACCGGAAGUGAAGGGAGGAGAUAUUACCAUAUCAGCACCAGAAGUAAAGAUUCCCACAGGCUCAGCCAGCCUGGAACUCAAAGCUCCCGAAGUAGAUGUAGAGGCUCCUUCUGGAAAGAUUUCUGUGCAGGGCCCCGAUGUUAAGCUGGAAAGCGGGGAUAGGAAGUUCCAAAUGCCCAAGUUCCAUAUGCCCAAAUUUGGAAUGUCACUGCCCAAGGGGAAAGGUGUCCCAGAGGCAGAAAUCAGCGGACCUUCUGUGGAAGGAGAACUGCCCAAGACAGCAUUGAAAAUGGAAGUCACACUGCCUGCUGCGGACCUUAAAACUGAUCUUAAGCUUCCAGAAGUAGAGGCAGAUGCUCCUAGCUUGGACGUGGAGAUUGGAGAUGCGGGCAAAAUCAAAAUGCCAGAAGUGAAGAUGCCUAGUGUGAAGGUCCCCAAGCUCAAAGGGCCAGAAGUAGGGAUCUCCAUGCCAAAGGUUGAGACUGAUGUCACCCUUCCUAAAGGAAAAGCUGAAGUGCCUGAUGCGGAAGUGGGCAUAAAAUUGCCAGAGGCUGAAGGCACUAUCGAUGGGGGAGGACUGAAGAUACACAAGCCAAAGUUCAAGAUGCCCAGCAUGGGAUUCUCUAAACCAGACAUCAAGGGCCCCAAAGUCGAUGUGGAUGUCAGUAUGCCUAAAGUGGAUGUUUCUCUUCCCAAAACUGAGCUCCACGUUGAGAAACCUGAAGUGAAGGAAGGAGAUAUUACCAUAUCAGCACCAGAAGUAAAGAUUCCCACAGGCUCAGCCAGCCUGGAACUCAAAGCUCCCGAAGUAGAUGUAGAAGCUCCUUCUGGAAAGAUUUCUGUGCAGGAGUUCCAAAUGCCCAAGUUCCAUAUGCCCAAAUUUGGAAUGUCACUGCCCAAGGGGAAAGGUGUCCCAGAGGCAGAAAUCAGCAUACCUUCUGUGGAAGGAGAACUGCCGAAGACAGCAUUGAAAAUGGAAGUCACACUGCCUGCUGCGGACCUUAAAACUGAUCUUAAGCUUCCAGAAGUAGAGGCAGAUGCUCCUAGCUUGGACGUGGAGAUUGGAGAUGUGGGCAAAAUCAAAAUGCCCGAAGUGAAGAUGCCUAGUGUGAAGGUCCCCAAGCUCAAAGGGCCAGAAGUAGGGAUCUCCAUGCCAAAGGUUGAGACUGAUGUCACCCUUCCUAAAGGAAAAGCUGAAGUGCCUGAUGCGGAAGUGGGCAUAAAAUUGCCAGAGGCUGAGGGCACUAUCGAUGGGGGAGGACUGAAGAUACACAAGCCAAAGUUCAAGAUGCCCAGCAUGGGAUUCUCUAAACCAGACAUCAAGGGCCCCAAAGUCGAUGUGGAUGUCAGUAUGCCUAAAGUGGAUGUUUCUCUUCCCAAAACUGAGCUCCACGUUGAGAAACCUGAAGUGAAGGGAGGAGAUAUUACCAUAUCAGCACCAGAAGUAAAGAUUCCCACAGGCUCAGCCAGCCUGGAACUCAAAGCUCCCGAAGUAGAUGUAGAGGCUCCUUCUGGAAAGAUUUCUGUGCAGGGCCCUGAUGUUAAGCUGGAAAGCGGGGAUAGGAAGUUCCAAAUGCCCAAGUUCCAUAUGCCCAAAUUUGGAAUGUCACUGCCCAAGGGGAAAGGUGUCCCAGAGGCAGAAAUCAGCGGACCUUCUGUGGAAGGAGAACUGCCCAAGACAGCAUUGAAAAUGGAAGUCACACUGCCUGCUGCGGACCUUAAAACUGAUCUUAAGCUUCCAGAAGUAGAGGCAGAUGCUCCUAGCUUGGACGUGGAGAUUGGAGAUCCUAGUGUGAAGGUCCCCAAGCUCAAAGGGCCAGAAGUAGGGAUCUCCAUGCCAAAGGUUGAGACUGAUGUCACCCUUCCUAAAGGAAAAGCUGAAGUGCCUGAUGCGGAAGUGGGCAUAAAAUUGCCAGAGGCUGAGGGCACUAUCGAUGGGGGAGGACUGAAGAUACACAAGCCAAAGUUCAAGAUGCCCAGCAUGGGAUUCUCUAAACCAGACAUCAAGGGCCCCAAAGUCGAUGUGGAUGUCAGUAUGCCUAAAGUGGAUGUUUCUCUUCCCAAAACUGAGCUCCACGUUGAGAAACCUGAAGUGAAGGGAGGAGAUAUUACCAUAUCAGCACCAGAAGUAAAGAUUCCCACAGGCUCAGCCAGCCUGGAACUCAAAGCUCCCGAAGUAGAUGUAGAGGCUCCUUCUGGAAAGAUUUCUGUGCAGGGCCCCGAUGUUAAGCUGGAAAGCGGGGAUAGGAAGUUCCAAAUGCCCAAGUUCCAUAUGCCCAAAUUUGGAAUGUCACUGCCCAAGGGGAAAGGUGUCCCAGAGGCAGAAAUCAGCGGACCUUCUGUGGAAGGAGAACUGCCCAAGACAGCAUUGAAAAUGGAAGUCACACUGCCUGCUGCGGACCUUAAAACUGAUCUUAAGCUUCCAGAAGUAGAGGCAGAUGCUCCUAGCUUGGACGUGGAGAUUGGAGAUGCGGGCAAAAUCAAAAUGCCAGAAGUGAAGAUGCCUAGUGUGAAGGUCCCCAAGCUCAAAGGGCCAGAAGUAGGGAUCUCCAUGCCAAAGGUUGAGACUGAUGUCACCCUUCCUAAAGGAAAAGCUGAAGUGCCUGAUGCGGAAGUGGGCAUAAAAUUGCCAGAGGCUGAGGGCACUAUCGAUGGGGGAGGACUGAAGAUACACAAGCCAAAGUUCAAGAUGCCCAGCAUGGGAUUCUCUAAACCAGACAUCAAGGGCCCCAAAGUCGAUGUGGAUGUCAGUAUGCCUAAAGUGGAUGUUUCUCUUCCCAAAACUGAGCUCCACGUUGAGAAACCUGAAGUGAAGGGAGGAGAUAUUACCAUAUCAGCACCAGAAGUAAAGAUUCCCACAGGCUCAGCCAGCCUGGAACUCAAAGCUCCCGAAGUAGAUGUAGAAGCUCCUUCUGGAAAGAUUUCUGUGCAGGGCCCGAUGUUAAGCUGGAAAGCGGGGAUAGGAAGUUCCAAAUGCCCAAGUUCCAUAUGCCCAAAUUUGGAAUGUCACUGCCCAAGGGGAAAGGUGUCCCAGAGGCAGAAAUCAGCAUACCUUCUGUGGAAGGAGAACUGCCGAAGACAGCAUCUUCCAGAAGUAGAGGCAGAUGCUCCUAGCUUGGACGUGGAGAUUGGAGAUGCAGGCAAAAUCAAAAUGCCCGAAGUGAAGAUGCCUAGUGUGAAGGUCCCCAAGCUCAAAGGGCCAGAAGUAGGGAUCUCCAUGCCAAAGGUUGAGACUGAUGUCACCCUUCCUAAAGGAAAAGCUGAAGUGCCUGAUGCGGAAGUGGGCAUAAAAUUGCCAGAGGCUGAGGGCACUAUCGAUGGGGGAGGACUGAAGAUACACAAGCCAAAGUUCAAGAUGCCCAGCAUGGGAUUCUCUAAACCAGACAUCAAGGGCCCCAAAGUCGAUGUGGAUGUCACUGAAAGCGGGGAUAGGAAGUUCCAAAUGCCCAAGUUCCAUAUGCCCAAAUUUGGAAUGUCACUGCCCAAGGGGAAAGGUGUCCCAGAGGCAGAAAUCAGCGUACCUUCUGUGGAAGGAGAACUGCCGAAGACAGCAUUGAAAAUGGAAGUCACACUGCCUGCUGCGGACCUUAAAACUGAUCUUAAGCUUCCAGAAGUAGAGGCAGAUGCUCCUAGCUUGGACGUGGAGAUUGGAGAUGCGGGCAAAAUCAAAAUGCCCGAAGUGAAGAUGCCUAGUGUGAAGGUCCCCAAGCUCAAAGGGCCAGAAGUAGGGAUCUCCAUGCCAAAGGUUGAGACUGAUGUCACCCUUCCUAAAGGAAAAGCUGAAGUGCCUGAUGCGGAAGUGGGCAUAAAAUUGCCAGAGGCUGAGGGCACUAUCGAUGGGGGAGGACUGAAGAUACACAAGCCAAAGUUCAAGAUGCCCAGCAUGGGAUUCUCUAAACCAGACAUCAAGGGCCCCAAAGUCGAUGUGGAUGUCAGUAUGCCUAAAGUGGAUGUUUCUCUUCCCAAAACUGAGCUCCACGUUGAGAAACCUGAAGUGAAGGGAGGAGAUAUUACCAUAUCAGCACCAGAAGUAAAGAUUCCCACAGGCUCAGCCAGCCUGGAACUCAAAGCUCCCGAAGUAGAUGUAGAAGCUCCUUCUGGAAAGAUUUCUGUGCAGGGCCCCGAUGUUAAGCUGGAAAGCGGGGAUAGGAAGUUCCAAAUGCCCAAGUUCCAUAUGCCCAAAUUUGGAAUGUCACUGCCCAAGGGGAAAGGUGUCCCAGAGGCAGAAAUCAGCGUACCUUCUGUGGAAGGAGAACUGCCGAAGACAGCAUUGAAAAUGGAAGUCACACUGCCUGCUGCGGACCUUAAAACUGAUCUUAAGCUUCCAGAAGUAGAGGCAGAUGCUCCUAGCUUGGACGUGGAGAUUGGAGAUGCGGGUAAAAUCAAAAUGCCUGAAGUGAAGAUGCCUAGUGUGAAGGUCCCCAAGCUCAAAGGGCCAGAAGUAGGGAUCUCCAUGCCAAAGGUUGAGACUGAUGUCACCCUUCCUAAAGGAAAAGCUGAAGUGCCUGAUGCGGAAGUGGGCAUAAAAUUGCCAGAGGCUGAAGGCACUAUCGAUGGGGGAGGACUGAAGAUACACAAGCCAAAGUUCAAGAUGCCCAGCAUGGGAUUCUCUAAACCAGACAUCAAGGGCCCCAAAGUCGAUGUGGAUGUCAGUAUGCCUAAAGUGGAUGUUUCUCUUCCCAAAACUGAGCUCCACGUUGAGAAACCUGAAGUGAAGGGAGGAGAUAUUACCAUAUCAGCACCAGAAGUAAAGAUUCCCACAGGCUCAGCCAGCCUGGAACUCAAAGCUCCCGAAGUAGAUGUAGAAGCUCCUUCUGGAAAGAUUUCUGUGCAGGGCCCCGAUGUUAAGCUGGAAAGCGGGGAUAGGAAGUUCCAAAUGCCCAAGUUCCAUAUGCCCAAAUUUGGAAUGUCACUGCCCAAGGGAAAAGGUGUCCCAGAGGCAGAAAUCAGCGUACCUUCUGUGGAAGGAGAACUGCCCAAGACAGCAUUGAAAAUGGAAGUCACACUGCCUGCUGCGGACCUUAAAACUGAUCUUAAGCUUCCAGAAGUAGAGGCAGAUGCUCCUAGCUUGGACGUGGAGAUUGGAGAUGCGGGCAAAAUCAAAAUGCCAGAAGUGAAGAUGCCUAGUGUGAAGGUCCCCAAGCUCAAAGGGCCAGAAGUAGGGAUCUCCAUGCCAAAGGUUGAGACUGAUGUCACCCUUCCUAAAGGAAAAGCUGAAGUGCCUGAUGCGGAAGUGGGCAUAAAAUUGCCAGAGGCUGAGGGCACUAUCGAUGGGGGAGGACUGAAGAUACACAAGCCAAAGUUCAAGAUGCCCAGCAUGGGAUUCUCUAAACCAGACAUCAAGGGCCCCAAAGUCGAUGUGGAUGUCAGUAUGCCUAAAGUGGAUGUUUCUCUUCCCAAAACUGAGCUCCACGUUGAGAAACCUGAAGUGAAGGGAGGAGAUAUUACCAUAUCAGCACCAGAAGUAAAGAUUCCCACAGGCUCAGCCAGCCUGGAACUCAAAGCUCCCGAAGUAGAUGUAGAAGCUCCUUCUGGAAAGAUUUCUGUGCAGGGCCCCGAUGUUAAGCUGGAAAGCGGGGAUAGGAAGUUCCAAAUGCCCAAGUUCCAUAUGCCCAAAUUUGGAAUGUCACUGCCCAAGGGGAAAGGUGUCCCAGAGGCAGAAAUCAGCAUACCUUCUGUGGAAGGAGAACUGCCGAAGACAGCAUUGAAAAUGGAAGUCACACUGCCCGCUGCGGACCUUAAAACUGAUCUUAAGCUUCCAGAAGUAGAGGCAGAUGCUCCUAGCUUGGACGUGGAGAUUGGAGAUGCGGGCAAAAUCAAAAUGCCCGAAGUGAAGAUGCCUAGUGUGAAGGUCCCCAAGCUCAAAGGGCCAGAAGUAGGGAUCUCCAUGCCAAAGGUUGAGACUGAUGUCACCCUUCCUAAAGGAAAAGCUGAAGUGCCUGAUGCGGAAGUGGGCAUAAAAUUGCCAGAGGCUGAGGGCACUAUCGAUGGGGGAGGACUGAAGAUACACAAGCCAAAGUUCAAGAUGCCCAGCAUGGGAUUCUCUAAACCAGACAUCAAGGGCCCCAAAGUCGAUGUGGAUGUCAGUAUGCCAAAAGUGGAUGUUUCUCUUCCCAAAACUGAGCUCCACGUUGAGAAACCUGAAGUGAAGGGAGGAGAUAUUACCAUAUCAGCACCAGAAGUAAAGAUUCCCACAGGCUCAGCCAGCCUGGAACUCAAAGCUCCCGAAGUAGAUGUAGAAGCUCCUUCUGGAAAGAUUUCUGUGCAGGGCCCCGAUGUUAAGCUGGAAUGCGGGGAUAGGAAGUUCCAAAUGCCCAAGUUCCAUAUGCCCAAAUUUGGAAUGUCACUGCCCAAGGGGAAAGGUGUCCCAGAGGCAGAAAUCAGCGUACCUUCUGUGGAAGGAGAACUGCCGAAGACAGCAUUGAAAAUGGAAGUCACACUGCCCGCUGCGGACCUUAAAACUGAUCUUAAGCUUCCAGAAGUAGAGGCAGAUGCUCCUAGCUUGGACGUGGAGAUUGGAGAUGCAGGUAAAAUCAAAAUGCCUGAAGUGAAGAUGCCUAGUGUGAAGGUCCCCAAGCUCAAAGGGCCAGAAGUAGGGAUCUCCAUGCCAAAGGUUGAGACUGAUGUCACCCUUCCUAAAGGAAAAGCUGAAGUGCCUGAUGCGGAAGUGGGCAUAAAAUUGCCAGAGGCUGAAGGCACUAUCGAUGGGGGAGGACUGAAGAUACACAAGCCAAAGUUCAAGAUGCCCAGCAUGGGAUUCUCUAAACCAGACAUCAAGGGCCCCAAAGUCGAUGUGGAUGUCAGUAUGCCUAAAGUGGAUGUUUCUCUUCCCAAAACUGAGCUCCACAUUGAGAAACCUGAAGUGAAGGGAGGAGAUAUUACCAUAUCAGCACCAGAAGUAAAGAUUCCCACAGGCUCAGCCAGCCUGGAACUCAAAGCUCCCGAAGUAGAUGUAGAAGCUCCUUCUGGAAAGAUUUCUGUGCAGGGCCCCGAUGUUAAGCUGGAAAGCGGGGAUAGGAAGUUCCAAAUGCCCAAGUUCCAUAUGCCCAAAUUUGGAAUGUCACUGCCCAAAGGAAAAGGUGUCCCAGAGGCAGAAAUCAGCGUACCUCCUGUGGAAGGAGAACUGCCCAAGACAGCAUUGAAAAUGGAAGUCACACUGCCCGCUGCGGACCUUAAAACUGAUCUUAAGCUUCCAGAAGUAGAGGUAGAUGCUCCUAGCUUGGACGUGGAGAUUGGAGAUGCGGGCAAAAUCAAAAUGCCCGAAGUGAAGAUGCCUAGUGUGAAGGUCCCAAGCUCAAAGUGCCAGAAUUGCCAGAGGCUGAAGGCACCAUCGAUGGGAGGACUGAAGAUACACAAGCCAAAGUUCAAGAUGCCCAGCAUGGGAUUCUCUAAACCAGACAUCAAGGGCCCCAAAGUCGAUGUGGAUGUCAGUAUGCCUAAAGUGGACGUUUCUCUUCCAAAAGCUGAGCUCCACGUUGAGAAACCUGAAGUGAAGGGAGGAGAUAUUACCAUAUCAGCACCAGAAGUAAAGAUUCCCACAGGCUCAGCCAGCCUGGAACUCAAAGCUCCCGAAGUAGAUGUAGAAGCUCCUUCUGGAAAGAUUUCUGUGCAGGGCCCCGAUGUUAAGCUGGAAAGUGGGGAUAGGAAGUUCCAAAUGCCCAAGUUCCAUAUGCCCAAAUUUGGAAUGUCACUGCCCAAGGGGAAAGGUGUCCCAGAGGCAGAAAUCAGCGUACCUUCUGUGGAAGGAGAACUGCCCAAGACAGCAUUGAAAAUGGAAGUCACACUGCCUGCUGCGGACCUUAAAACUGAUCUUAAGCUUCCAGAAGUAGAGGUAGAUGCUCCUAGCUUGGACGUGGAGAUUGGAGAUGCGGGCAAAAUCAAAAUGCCCAAAGUGAAGAUGCCUAGUGUGAAGGUCCCCAAGCUCAAAGGGCCAGAAGUAGGGAUCUCCAUGCCAAAGGUUGAGACUGAUGUCACCCUUCCUAAAGGAAAAGCUGAAGUGCCUGAUGCGGAAGUGGGCAUAAAAUUGCCAGAGGCUGAAGGCACUAUCGAUGGGGGAGGACUGAAGAUACACAAGCCAAAGUUCAAGAUGCCCAGCAUGGAUUCUCUAAACCAGACAUCAAGGGCCCCAAAGUCGAUGUGGAUGUCAGUAUGCCUAAAGUGGAUGUUUCUCUUCCAAAAAGAGCUCCACGUUGAGAAACCUGAAGUGAAGGGAGGAGAUAUUACCAUAUCAGCACCAGAAGUAAAGAUUCCCACAGGCUCAGCCAGCCUGGAACUCAAAGCUCCCGAAGUAGAUGUAGAAGCUCCUUCUGGAAAGAUUUCUGUGCAGGGCCCCGAUGUUAAGCUGGAAAGCGGGGAUAGGAAGUUCCAAAUGCCCAAGUUCCAUAUGCCCAAAUUUGGAAUGUCACUGCCCAAGGGGAAAGGUGUCCCAGAGGCAGAAAUCAGCGUACCUUCUGUGGAAGGAGAACUGCCCAAGACAGCAUUGAAAAUGGAAGUCACACUGCCUGCUGCGGACCUUAAAACUGAUCUUAAGCUUCCAGAAGUAGAGGUAGAUGCUCCUAGCUUGGACGUGGAAAUUGGAGAUGCGGGCAAAAUCAAAAUGCCAGAAGUGAAGAUGCCUAGUGUGAAGGUCCCCAAGCUCAAAGGGCCAGAAGUAGGGAUCUCCAUGCCAAAGGUUGAGACUGAUGUCACCCUUCCUAAAGGAAAAGCUGAAGUGCCUGAUGCGGAAGUGGGCAUAAAAUUGCCAGAGGCUGAAGGCACUAUCGAUGGGGGAGGACUGAAGAUACACAAGCCAAAGUUCAAGAUGCCCAGCAUGGGAUUCUCUAAACCAGACAUCAAGGGCCCCAAAGUCGAUGUGGAUGUCAGUAUGCCUAAAGUGGAUGUUUCUCUUCCCAAAACUGAGCUCCACAUUGAGAAACCUGAAGUGAAGGGAGGAGAUAUUACCAUAUCAGCACCAGAAGUAAAGAUUCCCACAGGCUCAACCAGCCUGGAACUCAAAGCUCCAGUAGAUGUAGAAGCUCCUUCUGGAAAGAUUUCUGUGCAGGGCCCCGAUGUUAAGCUGGAAAGCGGGGAUAGGAAGUUCCAAAUGCCCAAGUUCCAUAUGCCCAAAUUUGGAAUGUCACUGCCCAAGGGGAAAGGUGUCCCAGAGGCAGAAAUCAGCAUACCUUCUGUGGAAGGAGAACUGCCCAAGACAGCAUUGAAAAUGGAACACACACUGCCCGCUGCGGACCUUAAAACUGAUCUUAAGCUUCCAGAAGUAGAGGCAGAUACUCCUAGCUUGGACGUGGAAAUUGGAGAUGCGGGCAAAAUCAAAAUGCCAGAAGUGAAGAUGCCUAGUGUGAAGGUCCCCAAGCUCAAAGGGCCAGAAGUAGGGAUCUCCAUGCCAAAGGUUGAGACUGAUGUCACCCUUCCUAAAGGAAAAGCUGAAGUGCCUGAUGCGGAAGUGGGCAUAAAAUUGCCAGAGGCUGAAGGCACUAUCGAUGGGGGAGGACUGAAGAUACACAAGCCAAAGUUCAAGAUGCCCAGCAUGGGAUUCUCUAAACCAGACAACAAGGGCCCCAAAGUCGAUGUGGAUGUCAGUAUGCCUAAAGUGGAUGUUUCUCUUCCCAAAACUGAGCUCCACGUUGAGAAACCUGAAGUGAAGGGAGGAGAUAUUACCAUAUCAGCACCAGAAGUAAAGAUUCCCACAGGCUCAGCCAGCCUGGAACUCAAAGCUCCCGAAGUAGAUGUAGAGCUCCUUCUGGAAAGAUUUCUGCAGGGCCCUGAUGUUAAGCUGGAAAGCGGGGAUAGGAAGUUCCAAAUGCCCAGGUUCCAUAUGCCCAAAUUUGGAAUGUCACUGCCCAAGGGGAAAGGUGUCCCAGAGGCAGAAAUCAGCAUACCUUCUGUGGAAGGAGAACUGCCGAAGACAGCAUUGAAAAUGGAAGUCACACUGCCCGCUGCGGACCUUAAAACUGAUCUUAAGCUUCCAGAAGUAGAGGUACAUGCUCCUAGGUUGGACGUGGAGAUUGGAGAUGAAGGCAAAAUCAAAAUGCCUGAAGUGAAGAUGCCUAGUGUGAAGGUCCCCAAGCUCAAAGGACCAGAAGUAGGGAUCUCCCUGCCAAAGGUUGAGACUGAUGGUCCCAAAGUCGAUGUGGAUGUCAGUAUGCCUAAAGUGGACGUUUCUGUUCCCAAAGCUGAGCUCCACAUUGAGAAACCUGAGGGGAAGGGAGGAGAUACUACCAUACCAGCACCAGAAGUAAAGAUUCCAACGGGCUCAGCCAGCCUGGAACUCAAAGCUCCCGAAGUAGAACGUAGAAGCUCCUUCUGGAAAGAUGAAGUUCAAAUGCCCAAGUUCCAUAUGCCCAAAUUUGGAAUGUCACUGCCCAAAGGGAAAGGUGUCCCAGAGGCAGAAAUCACUGUACCUUCUAUGGAAGCAGACCUGCCCAAGACAGAAUUGGAAGGGGAAGUGAUACUGCCUUCUGCUGAGCUUGAGUCCGAUCUUAAGCUUCCAAAAAUGGAGGUAGAUGCCCCUAGUUUGGACGUAGAGAUUGGAGAUAAGGGUAAAAUCAAAAUGCCUGAAGUGAAGGUGCCUAGCAUCAAGGUCCCAAAGCUCAAAGGGUCAGAAAUAGGGAUCUCCCUGCCAACGGUUGAGACUGACAUCACCCUUCCCAAAGGAAAAGCUGAAGUGUCUGAUGGUGCAGGGGCUGUAAAAUUGCCAGAGGCUGAAGGCACUAUCGACGGGGGAGGACUGAAGAUACACAUGCCAAAGUUCAAAAUGCCCAGUAUGGGAUUCUCUAAACCAGACAUCAAGGGCCCCAAAGUCGAUGUGGAUGUCAGUAUGCCUAAAGUGGAUGUUUCUCGUCCCGAAGUUGAGCUCCACGUCAAGAAACCUGAGGUGAAGGGAGGAGAUAUUACCAUAUCAGCACCAGAAGUAAAGUUUCCAACUGGCUCAGCUGGCCUGGAAUUGAAAGCUUCUGAAGUAGACGUAGAGGCUCCUUCUGGAAAGAUUUCUGUGCAGGGCCCCGAUGUUAAGCUGGAAAGUGGGGAUAGAAAGUUCCAAAUGCCCAAGUUCCAUAUGCCCAAAUUUGGAAUGUCACUGCCCAAAGGGAAAGGUGUCCCAGAGGCAGAAAUCAGCGUACCUUCUGUGGAAGCAGAGCUGCCAAAGACAGCAUUGAAAUCGGAAGUGACACUGCCCUCUGCUGAGCUUGAGGCCAAUCUUAAGCUUCCAAAAGUGGAGGUAGAUGUCCCUAGUUUGGACGUGGAGAUUGGAGAUGUGGGCAAAAUGAAAAUGCCUGAAGUGAAGUUGCCUAGUGUCAAGCCCCCCAAGCUCACUGCACCAGAAGUGGGCAUCUCCCUUCAAAACGUUGAGGCAGAUGUCUCCCUUCCCAAAGGUAAAGCUGAACUGCCUGAUUCUGAGGCUGCCAGCAAAGUGGCGGAAGCAGAAGGUAGUCGUGAGAAAGGCAGGAUGAAAAUACACAUGCCAAAGUUCAAGAUGCCCAGUAUGGGAUUCUCCAAAUCUGAUAUCAAGGGCCCCAAAAUAGAUUCAGAUGACAGCAUGCCUGAUGUACACACCUCUCUUCCAAAAGUUGAGGUCAGCACUACAAAACCCCAGCUCAAGAAAGAUGAUUUCGAGGGUGACAUCAGAAUAGCAGCCCCUGAAGUAAAGAUUCCAUGGGUCCCAGUCACUGUGGAGCUGCAAGCUCCCGACGUAGAAGUACAAGCUUCUUCAGGAAAAGUUCCAGAUAUUGCUGUAGGCCUGUCCAAGGACGUUGAUGUUCCCCAGCUGAAAACAACAACGGAUAUUAUUGAUAUUGCAGUGGAAGCUACAACAUUUGAAAUGGAGUCUGAUGUACUUGGUGAAAAAAAGGAUGUUUUGGAACAGAAAAUAAAAAUGCCCCAAAUUAUUAGAGCUGAUGUGAAGACUGCAGCAGUAGGCAUACCAUCUGUUGAUAUUUCUGUCACACAGUCAGAGGUAAGCACUCAGGAUUUACAUGGUGCAGCUAAGGAAGCUAAGGGACAGAUAACUAAGAGAGGAAGUUUAGAUGGAGAAGAAAAAGGACAUUUCAAAAUGCCUAAAUUCAAAUUGCCCUCAUUGAGCUGGUCCCCUAAAAAGGAAGCGAGCCUUAAAACAAAUAUAAAAGAACCUCUGGAAGAAUCUCAUCUUGGCAUAGUAUCAGAUGAUAUGGGCACAGAACUAAAAGUAACUCUUUCGGAAGAUCAAGGAGUUCAUAUUGAUGGAAAUGUAGACAUAGCCACCAAAAAAGGUCAAGUAAAAAGACCUCAUUUAAUUAUGCCCAAAAUUUCACUGUCUAAGACAAAGCUACCAAAAGCAGAGGUAGAUAUAGUAGUGGAAGGUGAUGGAGCUUUGGUGCAAAUACCUGACAUAGAAAGCAGUUUUACGACAAGAAAAGUAGAGGAAACAGAAAUAAGUGUAAAAAUGCUGAAAGGUGAAAUCAAAGAAAUCAAAACAUUCCAGACAGAUACAGAUAUCAGCUUACCCAAAACUGAUAUUAAGGUGUCCAUGACAAAAAGUUCAUUUGAACAGGAAUGUUUAGAAACAGAGUUCAAAGGUGACAUUUGUAUGGACAGUGCAAGUAUGAAAUUUGAUGGUACAGAGGGGGAGUUUAGGAUGCCAAAACUGAAAAUGCCAAAGUUUGGCAUUUCAGAUCUGUCAGAAAAUGAAAUUUCAGAUCUGUCAGGCAGUGGAAUCACUUUAUCAAAACCUGAAUCUGAUGCCUCUCAGCUUCAAAUGACUACAGAAUCUGGUGAACUUGGUGGGAAAGCUCAGCCCUUACAAGUUAAAAGUGAUGAAGGAAUUUCCGAUGAAAUUCAGACUGAGGAAUCUCAGAGUUGGUUUAAAAUGCCCAAAUUCAAAAUGCCUUCAUUUGGUCGAACUUCAAAGGCAAAAAAAAGUGAUGCUGAAACUGAAGAUAUCACUGGAGAAGCUCAUGUUACUGAAUUACAAGUUGAAGUAAGAUCUCCUGAAGUUGUAACCAUCUCAAGGGAACUUGACAGUGAAAAAAUCUCAGAACAAAAAGUUAUGCUUCCUCAAGAGGAUGUUAGAGUACAGAAAGAACAGCAGUCUACCACUGACCAAUUAAUGGGUGGCAGGAAAGCUAGUGACCUGGAGCCCAAAAUGUAUGCUGAUAUAGUUAAAGAUGGUGCAGAAGGACAAAGUUCUCAAACUGGGUUCAUUGGCGCUAUCCCAAAGAUGGAUAUUGAUAGAAACAUCCCUAAAAGUGAGAUGACCAUUCAACAACCUGAAGUCAUACCAGACACUAUAGCAGUGGCUGAGGUACCAUCUACUGAAAUUACUAUGGGAAAGAAAAUUGAUGCUACUAUUACAGAUCCAGAACCUUUACAAAGCCUUGAUACACAACCUGAAGAGAUGGGGACUGAAAAGAAGUCACCCAAAAAGGAUUCUCAGGGAAAAGAAAGUAUAUUCAAAAUGCCAACAUUCAGUGUGCCUUUGUUUGGAUGGUCCACCACAAAGAGCAAUGCCAUUGUUCCCGGUAUUGAAUCUGACCUAGAAGAGCCUGCUGUUACUCUUUCCAAAGUUAAAAUGGAUGUUUCAAUCACUGAUGAAGACUUUGAAAUCAUUGAUUUCCCAGUUGAGGGCUUUGAAAAAGAUUUGCCUAAAGAAGGUGAAGUGAAAGCAGAAGAGAAAACAAGUAAAACAAAAGCAUCCAAAUUCAAGAUGCCAAAAUUUGCCAACUUGCGCAGUAAAUCUCAGGAUGUAGAAAUUCAGGUUGAUUCACCAAAAGUGCAGACUGAGGUGUCAUUAGUUAGACCCGAGGGAGAAACAUCAGGAAUCCAAGUUCAGGAUAAAAAACCUGGAGAUGCAGAAGAAAGUUUCCAAAUGCCCAAAUUCAAAAUGCUCAAGUUCACACACAGAAUUUCUGAAGGAGAAAAACUGACUUCAGAAGAGACAGUGGAUAUAAAGGAUACUGCUGAUGAUGAUAUUUCUCAAUUGCAGUUCAAGACUACCUUCCCUGAAGAAAAAGGAGAUGAUAUUCAGAAAUCAAAAGUCAGAAUUACAACACUGUCUGAACCUGACAUUCAGAGACCACAAGUUGGAAGUAAAUUCCAAUCUACAGACUCUUCUUUUGUGGAUACAACAGUGUAUGUGCAUAAACAAGAGCCAAAGGAAUUCAGUGCUGAAUUUCUUAAAGAGAAAAUAGAGACUAUGGACAGUAAUGUUCAAAAGUCAAUCGCUAAAAUUACAACACUGAAGGAGCCAGAUAUUCAAAGAGCACCACUUGAAAUUAAACUUCAGCCUGAUGAUCCAUUUAGUUCAAGUGAACCAGUGCAGGUUAAAGGAUCAAUCACUGAAAGUAAAGAAAUAAGGAUGGAAAGUAAAUCUACCUUUGGUUGUGGUGAUGAUGCUGAAAUACAGGAAUCUUUCUCCACUCAAAUAGUAAAAGAAUCUGAGAUUCCUCCAUCAGAAGUUAAAACUGCUGCCUUUGGAUUUUCGCUUCUCAAAGUGAAAAUCCAGGAAUCACACGUGAGCUUAGAUGUACCAGUCAAGUUAUCUUCUACAAAAUGUAUGGGUGAAAUAUUUGAGGAUAAGGAUCAUCAACUUUCAGGUACAGGAGAAGCAGCACAAAAGGCUGGUUUGAGUGAAGUGAAACCAUCUGAUAAAGAUAAGGAUAUAACUUAUGAAUAUAUUGAAGGAACAUCUUCUGCUGCAACACUGACGACGCUUAAAUCUUUCACAGUUGACGUACAGUCUUCUAGUGAAUUUGCAGAGAGUCACUCUGAGCUAAUAGAGAUAUCUAAAUCUGCUAUAGAAAUUGCAGAGGAAACGGCAUUUGCAAGUAGUACAGACGAGGUCACAGAUGAAAAUGAUAGUAAGAGAUCUGGUAGAUUUAAACUUUGGUUUCCAAGUAUUGGGUUUUCUCCCACUACGGAUGACACAACAUCAGAUUCAAAACCUGAAGCUCAGCCGAAAGUACAGCCUGAUGAUUCAUCGAAAUUAGACAGUGACACUGCCAAAGAAACUGAAAAAACAGGAUGGUUUAAAUUUCCUAAAUUAGGUUUUUCAUCUCCAACAAAAAAGAGCAAGGAAGUGGGCAAAGAAAAGGAAACAGAUUCAAAAGAAGGAAAGGGUGAAGAAAGUCCAACAGACAAAAAUGAAACUUUCUUUGAUGCUCAGGAAACCUUAUCACUCAAAGAAAAAGAAGAAAAUGAAACCUCAGGUGAUAUGUCAUCAGAGCCCAUUGUUUCAUCUUCAGCAAGAACUGAACUGAUCCUCUUAGAGAAAGGGAAAGCCGAACCCAAACACACUCCUGAAGACUCAUCAAAAUAAAAGUGUUUCUCCCUCCAUAGAAAUAAAAAUACAAUAUCAUCUUGAAAAGUAUUUUUUAAAAAAUCAAAAAAUAAUAUUGCCGUCAUUUCAGCAAAAUAAAUAAAAUGCUACCUUAAAAUGAUCUUUAAAAUACUUUAUAUUGCAAUAGUGUUUAUAAGUUCAAGGCAUAGUCUUACGUGUCUAACAAGUAUUAUCUGCAGUAUGAAAUACAUGUAUAAGAAAAUCCAGACAGAUGAUGGACCCCACUAUUGAUUAAAUAUAUACAUAGUUCCAGUGAAACCAACCAAGAUAUUGUCUGCUAAUUUCUGUAAAGAUAUUCUUUUGCCUGAUCUAUUUUAGAGAAACCAAAGCAAAGUGAGAGAUUAAAUAUACUGUUCUGAAAAUUACAGUGAUUUUGUGUGGGAUUAUUUGCAAAAAGUAAUAAGAAAUUAGUGCUGCGAGAAAUAGAAAUAUAUUUCUCCUUUUUUAGACUUAUUUUUUUAACUACAUUUAUGCUGCUAUCUUAUUAAAAACAUCAUUCUUAAACUACUCACUCUAAGUAAACUAGAUAAAUGGAAGUAAGAAUGUAAAUUUUAUAAAAGUUACUCUUUUUCACCCAAUACAAUUAAUUGAGUCAGUCAAAAAUAUAACAGCUGGAUUUGCACAUCCAAAAUUUGAUUAGUUUUUAAACUUAAUUUUUUUUCUAAUUGGCAUGUGAUGUGAACCCAAUCUACAAGCCAAGAAAAUGGGUUAAUUCAGUAGCAUGCUUGGUAAAUAAAGCCCAUCAUCUCAUCCACAGUUCAGGUGAAUUAUUGGGAGCUACAGCAAUUGUGUAUCUAUUAUAAAUCUAUGUUAUUGCCUGUGGUGACUUAGUGCCAUAUUUUCUAUUAUAUUGUGCUGACAAAGCUUCCAAUUGAUAGAUAUAUCCUAAGCAUUUACCAGAACAGCCUAUCUAAUUCAAAUUGCUUUUGAAUUGUCUGUAAAAUCAAGAAUCUUAAUGCUGAUAUAUUAAGAACUUUGUUGGUACUCCAUCUCGUGAUUAACUGUGUGCCUAGAAGUCAACAUCCACUCCCUUGUUGCCACUACCUGUGAGUUUUCCAAUGUGCUAAGCAACAAUUUAAGGUUUUCAUGCUUCUCUAGAUUCUUAUCAGAUACAAUAAAAAAUAGCAUUCUUCAUACGACAUAAUGAUAAUGCAUUCAGUUUACAACAGGAUAUUACUGCCAAGUAAUAAAGCGAAUUUCCCCUAUUUUAAUUCUAACACUUUUAAUCACUAAAAGACAAGAUUCAUAAGAUCAAUCUACCUUAAUAAAAAUAAUCUUUUGAAUCGAUCAAGAUGGAAGUCCUAAAAAUGGGGUCUGAAGGGGUUUAAUGUCGAGUACUUCAGCGUGAUAUGAUUAUAAAUUGGAAUUCAAAUAACCUGAGAAGACAAGAAUUGUGUGUGGUGUCAUCUUUGAACUACAAAGUAUAAAUAGAAGAGGACAAGUACACAUGGUUUUAAAGAGUUCUUGGAGAUGUAUAGUUAUUAUUGGAAUCUGGAUUAUAUGAUUUCUUUUUUAUAAAUAUAUAGUUUACAAAAUACAUAUUUAAAAAUUAUACUAAUUUAUGACAAGAAUGUAGAAUAUAUUCUGGUUAUGCUGCCAAUAUGGAAAUAAAAGCAGUAUUGUUUGUAUUGUGAUAAUCACUCUGAUUACAAAGUAAUACUGUUUUAGCCACACGAAGAUGUGCUUAUCUGACAAUGCUGGAAGUCUUAAAUAAACCUAUGCUUGACUCAUA